AUGGCUAGUUCAGCAAAGAAACUAAAAGUGCAAAAUAGCAAGGAUACUAGAGAAUUUCAGACUUGGUGGACUGAUAAAUUCGGCGUGAUUAAUAAAGGUGACAAAGCAGUGUGUGUUUUAUGUUCUGGCAUCAUGGUAUGUAGAACAUCUUCCGUUAAACGGCAUUUUGAAACAAAUCACAAAUCAAUUUGUCAAAAAAGCGAAGCAGAGCAAAAGGAAUUAAUUGCGAGUGCUUUGAAAGACAGAAACAAACAGUCAACAUCAAUAAAUAAAUUUGUUGGCAAAAAUUGUCAUACAAGUGCGGCAAGUUACACGGCUGCAAAUGUCAUUGCUCGGCAUAGUAAACCCUUUCAAGAAGGCGAGUUUUUAAAGGAAGCCUGGUUAGCAUGCGCGCCUUCUCUUUUUGCUGAUUUCGAGAAUAAAAAUAAGAUAAUUCAGCGCAUCAAAGAUACUCCUUUGUCCAGAAACACAAUAAAAGAAAGAAUCUUAAAAUUGGCUGAAAGUGUUACAGAGCAACAAAAGCUUGACAUUCACUCUGCUUCAUUUAUAUCGCUAUGCCUCGACGAAAGCACUGACGUCACAAAAUCUGCACGUUUAGCUGUUUUUGCUCGAUACUGCGUAGGAAACGUCAUUAAGGAGGAAUUAAUUGCGAUAAAAUCGUUACCAACAACUACAAAGGGCGCAGAUAUUUGUACGGCAGUUAAAAAUUCGAUAGUUGAAAAAGAAAUUGAUAUAAAAAAAGUUGUUUCUGUAACAACUGAUGGUGCUCCGAGUAUGGUGGGUAAAAAAAUUGGUUUCAUAAGUUUAUUUCAAACUGAAGUAGGACAUUCGAUUCUUGAAUUCCACUGCAUCAUUCACCAACAAGCCUUAUGCGCUAAGAGCGGUUUAACAUCUCUUGAUAAUGUUAUGGCAGUAGUUACGAAAAUAGUCAACCUCAUCUCUGCUCAGGCUUUAAACAAGCGAAAGUUCGACGCUUUGUUGGAUGAAGUCAACUCCGUGUAUAAUGGCUUACUCAUGUAUAAUAAUGUUCGGUGGCUGAGUCGUGGGUCUGUACUUGAAAGAUUUGUUGAAUGCUUGGAAGAAAUCAGACUAUUUCUGCAAAAUGAGGGAAAAAUUGAACAAUACCCACAGCUUUUUGGACGUCAUGUGGCUUUCAAAAUUGAUGUUUUUUACAGACAUAUGCCAACACUUAAAUACGUUAAAUGUGAAGCUUCAAGGCACAAACAAAACAAUAAUCGUCAUGAUCGAUCUCAUUCGCGCCUUUGA